CUCACAGCUAUGGGAAAAUUGUGUCUACUAAGGCCAUCAUGGACAAGAACACAAACCAGUGCAAAGGUUAUGGUUUCGUGGACUUUGACUGUCCAGCAGCAGCGCAGAAGGCCGUUUCGUCUCUGAAGGCCACCGGUGUGCAGGCGCAGAUGGCAAAGCAGCAGGAGCAGGACCCCACUAACCUGUACCUGUCUAAUCUGCCCGUCUCUGUGGAAGAACAGGAGCUGGAGGCGCUGCUCAAACCCUUCGGUCACGUGAUCUCCACGCGGAUCUUACGGGACGCCAGCGGCGCAAGCAGAGGUGUCGGCUUCGCCAGGUUGGAGUCCACAGAGAAAUGUGAAGUUGUCAUACAGCAUUUCAAUGGGAAAUAUCUCAAGACUCCAGCAGGAACCCCAGGUCCGUCUGAACCGCUGCUGUGUAAGUUUGCUGAUGGCGGUCAGAAGAAGAGACAAACUCAGAGCAAAUAUCCACAGAAUGGCCGAGCGUGGAGGGAAGGAGAGACGGGAAUGACACUCACAUACGACCCUGCUGUCAUGCAGAAUGGGUUCUACUCUUCUCCGUACAGCAUCACUGCUAACAGGAUGAUCGCCCAAGCGUCCAUCACUCCGUUCAUCACCACUUCACCCGUCUCUACAUAUCAGUGUUUAUGGUUUAUGAAUGCGGGAGAAGAGGCUGUUUGUUGUUCCUCUCAGGUCCAGAGCACAGCAUGGAUGCCGCAGCAGUAUGUGAUGCAGCCGACAGGAGCGCUCAUCAGUCCAGCUCUAGAUCACAGCACUGUAAUGACUCCACUAACACAACAGAUGAGUCCGCUGACACUGGGGACCUCUGCUGAUUAUAUAACGGCUCCAGCUCGUGUGGCCCCUAUGCAAGGAACAUUCAUCCAUCAGUUAAUGCCGGUAUCUCCUGUAGAGGGUGUAGUAACAGAAGCUCCCUCAUCACAGGAUGUCCAUGUAGCACGGCAACAGAUCACCAUGGACACCAGCGACCACAUUCAACCCUGCUCCUACCAGUCCAAAUAGCAUCCUGGAGAGGUGAAUGUACAUCAGCGUUGCCUUCUGAUGGACGCUCUGCACUCAGAUUAUGGACACGCAAUGAACUUCCAGGUGACCUCAGCACCAAAAACACUGACUUGACUCAUUCCCCACCUGGACUGUAGGACACCGCAGGGCCGCUUCAUGAGCUGAUGAUUGUUUUUUUUUCUUUGUCUGUUGGACUGAAGCUCCUUCAGAGAGUUCAUAAAUAUGAAAACAUUGCGUUGAUGGAUGCGGAUAUGAUGUACAAUGAUAAAGAAGAACACGUAUCGUCUUCCUCAGAUAUUAAGCUAUUGCAUCUUUAUAUUCUGUUGAUUUUCUUCUGUCAAGUGUUGGUUUUGUAGGAGUUUACAUAAAUCUCAGUUGCCUUAAUUUUGAAUACAUUUGAAUUAUGUUUAAUAUCCGGUAUCGUGUGUUAAUCAUGUUGGGACUGAAUCCUGAUAUCACCUUUUCUUCAUUUGAAGAAAAAUGAGGUAAUUAUAAUUUUCCUGAAUGCAUUGCAUUUUACUGAACAUUAAUUUUCACAAAGAGGGAAAAACAGUACAGCAGUUUGCUGCAAUUGAUAAACAU